AGUGGGUCCCGACCCUUGUUGGUAUUCCUUCCAGAGUCAGCAAUUCCCAAGCAAGAGUAUGCCUCAGGCUACGAGCCUGCAAUACGCUGACCUUUUCCGUUCAAGUUCACCUGCUGACUGCUGCUGGUGCUCGACCGGGCAGCUGGGAGACUUUGGACAGGGGCUUUAGACAAGCAAAAUCAAGUCGUCAUUUCCAAUAUUUGACUCCUUUUCUUCCCAUGCGUUUUUCUGCUUCCAUUUCUCCGAAAAAAGAAACCCAGUUUGUACAGAUUUCCUUUUGUAGCGAGUAUUAAAGAUCACUGCAGUUUGCUUGUGCAAUUUUAAAUCAAAAAAACUAUUUCUACUCUGAGAACUCAGGAGGAAAAAGUAAAACAUGUCGAAAUACUCAUCGUCAAGGUUCGUCCUCACAUACCUCCAUCACAUUAAAUCCUCAUCCCUCACAACCCCAGUUUGCCUUGCUAAUAAUAAUCCUACUGCCUUUUCUCACUUGCUAACCCAUCACCCAAAACUAGUUAAGAAUCCCAUUUUCUCACCAUGGCUAGGGAAUUCUUCAAAAGCCCAUUUCUCAACAACCCCGAAUUCAAGGAUUUCCCAAAACCCAACUCAAAAGCUGCUGAUCAACCCAAACCCCAGUAUGCUGCCAAAUUCUAGGAAUUUUCUCGGGUUUAGGUAUUUUUCUUUCACUAGUAAGAAGUAUGAUCUUGGGAAAAGGGCGGUGAGGAACCCAAUGGGGGCUGUGAAGGAUGCUGCUUCCAGGUACAGGGAGGCGGUGGGGCUCCAGAUUGAGGCGUUUUGGAAGAGGAAUAGUCUGGUGCUGGUGGGUGCUGGAGGGGUCCUGGUUUGCGUCUUGCUUUGGAGGAUUAUGUUUGGGAUUGCUAAUACGUUUGUUGGCCUAUCCGAGGGCAUGGCCAAAUAUGGUUUUCUUGCUCUUUCCACUGCCAUUGUCUCAUUUGCUAUUUUAUAUCUUCGUUCAAGAUUCACAGUGAAUCCUGAUAAGGUUUAUAGAAUGGCCAUGAGAAGACUUAACACAUCCGCUGGGAUUCUUGAGGUCAUGGGUGCUCCACUAACUGGCACUGACUUAAGAGCAUAUGUGAUGUCAGGAGGUGGUAUGACACUGAAGAACUUCAAGCCAAGGUUUAGGAACAAAAGAUGUUUUCUGAUAUUUCCAAUACGAGGUUCUGAGAGGAAAGGCUUAGUAAGCGUUGAGGUCAAGAACAAGAAUGGCCAGUAUGACAUGAAACUACUGGCAGUAGACAUCCCCAUGGCAACAGGACCUGAUCAGCGCCUUUUCCUAAUUGGGGACGAAGAAGAAUACAGGGUUGGUGGUGGCCUCAUUUCUGAGCUUAGAGAUCCUGUUGUAAAAGCAAUGGCAGCAAGUAAGGAAUUUGAAGAUCGUGAUGAUCAGGAGGAUGAGGAGGAUGCUGAAAGGGAACUUCAAGAAGCAGAAAGAAAACAACGUGAAGAAAUUGAGAAGCUUGAAAAAGUUGAAUCAUGACAGAUUUUGCAUCUGAGUUUGUUGAUCACUUUUCUGCUCUUUUCUUUGAUUUACGUUGAACUCUUUAAAGAAAGAAGAGUUGAUUUCCUGGCAGCAAAGAGGAAUGUGGCUUAAAAAAAACCCCUUCACAAGCGCUUCAUGAUUCGUUUUACAGAUUAUCUGUAUUUUGUUAAUACUCCUUGGUAGGAUUGACCAUUUAUGGGAGCACCUGCUUUAGGCCUGCAGAUUUCUAUGAUUCCCAAUAAAGGCGUGCUUACCUGAGUUGGCUAUGACCUAAUACUCCCAUUUUGACGGGUUCCUUACUAAAUGGAUGGAAAGCACCAGAAACUUUUGUAACUUGAGUGAUUAUGAUGUCAAAAAUUCUUUUAGCCACUGAUGUUUGUAUUUUUUAGGAUCAAUCUGGAAUACGGUUGGUUCAUGGGAUUCCUCUUUCAAGAUCUCCAGGUUAAGCCAAAGAUAUCAACAUAGUGAGUA